CCUCUCUUUCCAUACAGGUAAAGCAAGAAUUCUGAAGAAGGUGGGUACAGGAGGAGGCUGGGGACCUCAAAGCCCCACCUUUUAUGUGGCAAAACUAAGGACAAGGGUCAGUGAUCACCCUAUGAUAAAUGGCAUCAGAAAUCACCUAUGCUGAGGUGAAGUUCAAGAAUGCAUCACCGGCUGCAGUGGUCAAAGUACCUCCUGAGAAGAAGAAGCGUCAGCACCAUCCCCAGAAAUACCCUCUAUGGCUCCCGUGGCUGAUCUCACUGCUGCUCCUCUUGGUGUGCAUUGCCCUUGUUACUGCUCUCCUUGUCGCUCCCUUCUCCCAUAGCGGUGGCCAGCCCACAGCCCUGCAGCAGAAUUUCAUGGAGUGGCAGUGCAUCUCGGCAUUGCCUCAAGGCAAAGAGCAAGGCUGGACAUGCUGCCCGAAGGACUGGAAACGCUUUCAAAAAAGCUGCUAUUUUUUCUCAAAUGAUACAAUGCACGGCAUUGCGAGUGAGCAGAACUGCACUGGGAUGGGCUCCCACCUGGUGGUGAUCAACAGUGAAGAAGAGCAGGGGAGGGGGGAUGUCCUUUCUGGGUCCCUUCAGCGCUGGCUCCCCUCUGGCACCAGCCCCAGCCCAUGGGGACUCCUGCCGCCUGCUCUGCUCAGUCUGCACCUCAUGGACAUUGUGCUCUCCCUGACUUCCAGGCUUUCCUCUCUAAGGAGGUUCAACUACCUUUUAGAGGAGAGAAUUACUACAUCGGUCUGAGUGCACAGGAAGUGGGCCAGUGGCACUGGGUGGACAAUACUCCAUUUAUUGCGACAGCAGCGUGAGUAUCCCCGGAGGGAGAGAGUUUGGUGUGGCUCCUGGUAGUGCAUGAAAGUAGGGGAGAUGUGAGGGUGUCUGUUGGUGCAUGAAAGGUAGGUGAGACACAACCCAAGAUGAGAGGUCAAUGAUGGAGCAGGAGAGGGCUGUGCAGGACACCAUGUUCACAUGGCCUUAUCCAUGCUGGUUAUUGGUUAUAAAUUAACUACCUGUGACAUGGCCAUCAAUGCUGCAGGCACAGAAGAAGCUGCAUCUCGCCAGCAGGAAGAACCCUUCAGAGAUGACCAGCCUUGCCUGACCUCCUUAGUGCCCCCACCAUGCCUAUGUGUACAUAUGUUCAUGGGCAUGGCCAGCGCUGUGAUGCUGUGGAAGAGAUGGGGCACAGGGAGAGAUCACCAGGGCUGUCCUUGCUGUGUCUUCUUCUGCAGGACAAACUUGCCCUGGAGGCAGACACAUGCCUCUGCUGGGUGUGAAGUGCAUGGGGUGAGCAAUGGUGAGCAGCUCCCCCCACCAGGACUGUAGUGUUGGCUGUAGGAAGAAGGCAGGUUUCCACAUAAGAUUGGUGCCAGUGGGAUAUCAGAGUAGGAGGAAGGGUACUGCUUCUGUCCAUGAACCAGUAUCUGGAAUUUUUCUCUCUCCCCUCCAAGCCUUGCAUCCUGCUGUGGCCUUUUCCAGCAGUACUCUACAGGGUACACUGGGGAGUAACAUGUCUGUCUCUAUCUCAGGUUCUGGCGGACAAAUGAACCAAGUAAUACGGAUGAUCAGAAGUGUGUUGUAAUCCAUAGGGAUUCAAAACCACAAAACAACUGGAAUGA